UAAUGUAUCCAAAAGCAAAUCUUUGAUUUUUCGACUCGAAUUCUAUGGCAGCAAAUCUACUCUCACAAACUCCUGAUUUAAGAACUUAGAUCUGCAGACGUUAUUGCCACAAAAAUUAGGGCAUAUUCGGACAAACAAAAAGAUCCUGAGAGCUUUUUCGUCAUUCCAAGAAAUUAACGGCCCAGUUUCAUUGCUCCCCCAAAUAUAUUCCUCUCUUCAAUUCUCACUCUUUAUCUAUCUGUCUCUCUCUCCCUUUGCACACACUUUUUUUUCACACAGUCAAAUAUAAUGGCGUUGCAAUUAUACAGUGCAGUUCCGAGGAGUUCAAUGAUGCAGAAUUCAUGGGUGCAUGGAGUUGCGGCGAAGCAGCUAUUUGUACGGGGCGAUUGCCCCCAGCUGGUGAAGAGGAGGCUGAGCUUGAGCGUGGGGGUGAGGUGCAGCUUGGACGCGGCUGUGGAGCCGGCCGAGGUGGAGGUCGUGGCGGAGGUGGGGACGGUGACGGCUGUUACGAACGAUACCUUUUGGCCCAUCGUCAAAGCCGCCGGUGAUAAGACUGUUGUUGUGGAUAUGUACACUCAGUGGUGCGGACCUUGUAAGGUAAUCGCGCCAAGAUAUCAGGAACUGUCUGAAAAAUACAACGAUGUUGUGUUCUUGAAGCUCGACUGCAACAAUGAAAACAGAGUUAGUGAACCACUUGCAAAAGAGCUGGGGAUCAAGGUGGUUCCUACCUUCAAGAUUUUGAAGGAUAGCAAGAUUGUUAAAGAAGUAACAGGAGCCAAAAUUGACAAUUUAAUUGUUGCAAUUGAUGCUGUAAGAUCCAGUUAGAUCAUUAGAUUGUAAUAUAAUGUUAAUAGAUCAAAGACAACUGUGCUCAUUCAUAAAUGAAUCUGCCAUUAUGCUA